UUGAACGCCACAAGAGCUUGAUUAACGAUAGUAUGGAGGGCCUCGCGACACGAAAAUUCUAUAUAUAAGAAUUCUCGCUGUAGACAAAUUGUGAGUAUCGCUCAUCGUCGCUCGUUCUUCACACAGUCGCUCGUUACAAAUUUUGUGUCUCAUCGACAAUUUCACUCCUUCAAACUUGAUAAUCUUCACAAGCUCGACUCAGUCACCAUGGCUUCAAAAUUCAUCCUUGCCUCCUUCAUCAGCCUAGUUGUUGCGCAAAAUGACCCAGCAACUAUGGCAGUCCCAUGGAUUGGCGACAUUUUCGAUGGCUCGGUCUUGCCCAACAUGUACGGCUCCAUUGUCACCGCAAACCCCACUGCUACGACUCUUGCACUCGCCUGCGCUACCCCCAGCGACUGUGGUCUCUUCCCCGCUGAGACCCUCGUCUUCGGUCCUUCGACUUGGAAUCUCAACAUGGGAGACCCAAGCCCAGAGUCCGACUUUACCGCUACAAUGGACUGCGUGAUUGCCAAGAGCGCGGUAUGCAAGGAGACGGCUGGUGGAACCGAGGCAAACUUUCCCGGCAGUAGCACAGAGACAUACGAUGCCGAGAGUGUAGGCACGUUCGAAUUGUUGAUCACGGCUGGUGUGGAGAAACUCAGCCACGACGCGGAACCCACUACGACCGAUGCUGCGAUAUCCACCGCUACUUUGCACAAAUCACAUCCGAUAUCUGGAUUUGUGGAGGAGAUGAGCGCAAGCACAGGUGUUGCAGCGAGUUCUGGAAGUGUGAGCCAAACUGGUAGUGCCGCUGUGGCAGAUGCUACUGGUGCUGCUAAUGCGAAGAGUGUGGUUGGUGGUGGUCGUCUUCUUAGCGUGGCUGCUGGUGUAAUCGGAGGCCUGCUGCUAUAAAACCUCGGUAGCCCAAUAAUACUAUGAAUUCUUA